AUGUUCGCUGUUUCUCUGAUAAGCAGUGCUCGUGUGGUAGCUAAGCUGGACAGUAAGUACACUGCCUACUCUGCUCAGUUCUUGGUGGACAACGCUGGUCGCAAGAAUGAACCCUCUCCGGAUCCACAACCCUCCUCGUUCACCAUCCAAGACUGUCUUGCCUACUUGGUGGACAUCGCUACUCCCAAGCCUGAGUCCGAGCAGAGAGAAGUGGAUGAGCGACGCAACACCUUGACUCUCAAGGACUGCCUCGAGUACGCUAUGAAAGAAGGGCUACCGAAACACGAGCACUGGACACAUGUGGGAUGUGUCCACAAGCCUCCACCGUUUGCGUCUCUCAUUCCUCGUGUUCCCAUGAACGGUGAACUGAUUGAGGCUAAGACGCCGGAAGAGGCAUUUGAGUUGCUGAGGAAGCAACCUGUAGGAGCGAAACUUCAUGUGUUCAGUCCUGAGUUUGAUCGUGUUAGAGAUGAGGGGUUUUACGAGGGUCCGUCAGGUCCUGAGUCACGUUAUGUUGGUCUUAGGGAUGUGAUGAUAAGUGGAGGGACUUUGAAGGAAGCUUAUUUCGAGGUGAAGAUAGUCUAUAAGAAGAAGGAGACAUUCCUCAAGGUGUCUUUAACUCGUAUGCUUACCUCACUUCCCAAUGACAGCGGCGAGGAGUCUCAGCUCGCUGAGCCGACGGGUCUCCUUGUUGAUUUUAUCGUUCCUCGCUUUUCUAAGUAA